UCCCAAUGCCUGGCCCCUCUCUGCUCCGGCUCUGUGUGUGCAGACUUCUCGCAGAGCAGCGGCUGCUCGCCUGUCUAAGUUUCUAUCUGUGUUGCUGACUUUGGGGCUAAUGGGUUUCUGUCUAAGCCGGGUGUCGGGGGUUCCUGAGGGGAGACAAUAAUACAACAAAAGUAGUUUUCUCCUCUAACCCUCACCCACCCCCCUUCUCCCUUUAAAUAAUCAUCCCUCCUUUCCCUUCCUUCCCCCCCCCCCCCCCAGCAAAAACAAUCUUAACGCGCCAGUCAGACGGAAAAUGCAGAAAAGCAUCAGGUUGAAUGAGGGGCACGCUAUGUAUUUGGCUCUGAUUGCGCGGAAAGAGGGGACGAAACGCGGCUACCUGAGCAAGAAGACAGCGGACAUCAGCAAGUGGCAAGACAAGUGGUUCGCGCUCUACCAGAAUGUGCUCUUCUACUUUGAGAACGAGCAGAGUAGCAGACCCUCGGGGAUUUAUCUGAUCGAAGGCUGCACUUGUGAGAGGGUCCCGUCCCCCAAGCCACCGCCAAUGGGCAAGGAGACGCUGGAGAAACAGCAUUACUUUACCAUAAAUUUUGGACAUGAGGGACAUAAACCAUUGGAGCUCCGAAUUGAGGAAGAGGCUGACUGUGAGACAUGGGUGGAUGCUAUUCAGCAGGCCAGCUACUGCGAUCUUCUAAUUGAGCGUGAGGUGCUGAUGCAGAAGUAUAUUCAUCUGGUUCAGAUAGUAGAAACGGAGAAAAUUGCAGCACAUCAACUGCGGCAACAACUUGAAGAUCAAGACACCGAGAUUGAGAGAUUGAAAGCUGAGAUUGUCGCUGUGAACAAAACAAAAGAACGGAUGCGCCCCUACCAAGGAAAUGCUGAGGAUGAAGACCCAGACAUUAAAAAGAUUAAAAAGGUACAAAGUUUCAUGAGGGGCUGGCUCUGUCGACGGAAAUGGAAGACAAUUGUACAAGACUACAUUUGCUCGCCACAUGCAGAGAGUAUGAGGAAAAGAAACCAGAUUGUCUUCAACAUGGUGGAGGCAGAGUCAGAGUAUGUCCAGCAGUUGUAUAUCCUGGUGAACUGCUUCCUGAGACCCCUACGGAUGGCUGCCAGCUCAAAGAAGCCACCAAUCAGUCAUGAUGAUGUCAGUAGCAUUUUUCUCAACAGCGAAACAAUCAUGUUCCUUCAUGAGAUAUUUUACCAAGGAUUGAAAGCACGGAUAGCCAACUGGCCUACAUUGGUGUUAGCUGACUUAUUUGACAUUUUACUACCAAUGCUGAAUAUUUAUCAAGAGUUUGUCAGGAACCACCAGUACAGUCUGCAGGUAUUAGCAAACUGUAAGCAAAACAGGGAUUUCGACAAGCUGCUGAAACAAUAUGAAUCAAACUCAGCAUGUGAGGGGCGGAUGCUGGAGACCUUUCUUACGUAUCCCAUGUUCCAGAUCCCACGAUAUAUAAUCACAUUGCAUGAACUCCUGGCACACACACCAUAUGAGCACGUGGAACGAAAAAGUCUGGAAUUUGCAAAAUCGAAACUAGAAGAUCUUUCAAGGGUAAUGCAUGAUGAAGUGAGUGACACAGAAAACAUUAGGAAAAAUCUUGCAAUAGAACGAACAAUUGUGGAAGGAUGUGACAUAUUGCUGGAUGCAAGUCAGACAUUUGUACGGCAAGGUUCCCUCAUACAGCUCCCUUCAGUGGAGAGAGGAAAGCUUGCCAAGGUUCGUUUAGGUUCUCUAUCGUUGAAGAAAGAAGGAGAGAGACAGUGUUUCUUAUUCACAAAACAUUUCUUAAUCUGCACAAGAAGUUCGGGAGGAAAGCUGCAUCUCUUGAAGACUGGAGGUGUGAUUUCUUUGAUAGACUGCACCCUAAUAGAAGAACCUGAUUCAAGUGAAGAUGAAUCGAAAGGCUCUGGUCAGGUUUUUGGGCAUCUAGAUUUCAAAAUUGUGGUUGAAUCAGCUGAUGCCCCACCGUUCACAGUUGUGUUGCUAGCCCCGUCUAGACAGGAAAAAGCUGCAUGGACCAGUGACGUAAGCCAGUGUAUAGACAACAUACGAUGCAAUGGUUUAAUGACCAGUGUGUUUGAGGAAUAUUCAAAAGUUACUGUGCCUCAUAUGAUUAGAUCUGAUAUCCGACUCCAUAGUGAUGAUAUGGAUAUCUGCUUCAGCAAGACACUGAACUCCUGUAAAGUUCCACAGAUCCGCUAUGCCAGUGUAGAGAGACUGCUGGAGAGACUGACUGAUCUGCGCUUUCUUAGCAUUGACUUCCUCAAUACCUUUUUGCACACCUACCGAAUAUUCACAACUGCACUGGUUGUCUUGGAGAAGUUGGCAGACAUCUACAAGAGACCUUUCACCUCCAUCCCUGUCAGGUCACUGGAACUGUUUUUUGCAACUAACCAAAGCAACAGAUCUGAGCACAUGAAUGACGGAAAGUCUCCAAGAUUGUGUCGAAAAUUUUCUUCGCCACCUCCGCUGUCUCUUUCUCGAACAUCCUCUCCUGUCAGAACUCGGAAACUUUCACUCAGCUCCCCUGUGAAUUCUAGAAUAGGAGUCCUUGAUCUUUCCACAUCCUCCAUAUCUAGUACUUCUACUUUUGCUUAUAGCCCAGCUACCUCUCCACCUCCCCUAGCAAGCAAAACCCCACUGGAUCUGAGCAAAGGUUCUUCGUCCCCAGAUCAGUGCCCUCUGUCCACAGAGGAAAAUUCAGAGCAUCCCCGCAUUGACAUAUGCAGCAAGUUAAGAAGAAGCAUCAGGAGAGUUCAAUCCGGUGUUUUGGGACCUGGCUGCAGGGAGAUGGACAAUGUACGAUGCUCUGUAUCUCCUACUUCAGCAUUUGCCAUUGCCACAGCAGCAGCAGGACAUGGGAGUCCACCAUCCGAAAACUCUGGAGUGCAGGAAAAGUUUAGACGAGUUUCAAUGGGAGGAUUUAACAACUCAGAGCGUAUGUGCGACAAAGAAUUUAUAAUACGUAGGGCAGCUACAAACCGUGUUUUGAAUGUCCUUCGACACUGGGUUUCCAAGCACACUCAGGAUUUUGAGAUGAACAGUGAACUGAAAUCAAACAUUGUAAAUUUAUUAGAGGAAGUGAUGCGUGACCAUGAUCUGCUACCCCAAGAAAGGAAAGCCACAGCCAACAUUUUAAGUGUGCUUUCACAAGAUGAGUUGGAUGAUCCUCAGCUGCGGAUGGAAGUUUUAAUACAGAUGACAGAUGGCCCCAGGAUGGAAACCUUUGAGACACUGUCAGUCAUGGAAAUAGCAGAGCAGUUAACGCUCCUUGAUCAUAUUGUUUUCAGAAGCAUACCAUAUGAGGAGUUUCUUGGUCAGGGGUGGAUGAAAGUUGAUAAAACUGAACGAACACCAUACAUCAUGAAGACUAGUCAGCAUUUUAAUGAUAUGAGUAAUCUUGUUGCUUCUCAAAUCAUGAUGCAUGCUGAUGUCAGUUCACGCACAAUUUCCAUUGAGAAAUGGAUAGCAGUGGGAGAUGUUUGCAGAUGUCUGCACAACUACAAUGGAGUCCUUGAGAUCACAUCAGCCCUGAACAGGAGUGCAAUCUAUAGGCUGAAGAAAACCUGGGCAAAGGUUUCCAAACAGACCAAAGCUCAAAUGGACAAGCUUCAGAAAACUGUCUCAUCAGAAGGAAGAUUUAAAAAUCUGAGAGAAACUCUGAAAAAUUGUAAUCCACCAUGUGUUCCAUAUCUCGGGAUGUAUUUGACUGAUCUAGCAUUUAUAGAAGAGGGUACUCCAAACUUUACUGAAGAAGGUCUUGUAAACUUUUCCAAAAUGAGAAUGAUAUCACAUAUUAUCAGGGAGAUACGACAGUUCCAACAAACACCAUACCGAAUAGACCAUCAACCAAAGGUCAUUCAAUACUUACUUGACAAAUCAAUUAUUAUGGAUGAAGAUACGUUGUAUGAGCUGUCCUUAAAAAUUGAACCUAGGCUCCCUGCAUGAGAACCAGCAAACCUGUGGCUGCAAAGAUUCAGCAGCUUAGUAAGACAACCCAGAGUGUAUGUGGCGAGCUGCAUGGAGUGUGACUUAUCUACCCAGGGUAAAUGUGAGUGUGAGUUUUCCUAAAGGAAAGAUGGAACCUUACGGGAAGAUUGCUUAACACACAUUGGAAGAUGAAGAACUUCUGCUUGGGGUGAAAGAUUAAGGUCAUUUAUAUCCAGAAAAA